CCCUGGGCCCACGCUUAAGGGCAUUUCCAUCCCUGAAUGACUACUACUAUUCAAAUGGAGUCCCGUAAGCCCAAAAGAAAGUCGAAAUUCCCCAGCGAGUGACUCCAUCGUUUUCGUCUACCGUUGCUCAAUGAGACUGUGUGCCUGCUUACCUGAUAUUCGGAGGACGAAGAUGGCAGUGUGCUGUACUAGUAAAUAACAUUGGCGCAGGUCCAUUCUACCGAGUAUAAUAGAUACAUAUCUCAAGGGCUUCAAACUACAAUCGCGUCCUUCCGUUCCAUCCCACCCGUGAGGAUCGGCAAUUUCUCCUGCUGUUCAUGCGUCUCCCGAAACACGUCAAACUUCUCAUCGUGCCAUUGCUUGGCCGAGAUCUUCCGCCCGGUGCUAUCAGUGAACUGCGUAUCGUUCGCCGCUCGCAAAAAGUACGCAAUGCUGUAACGGUCCUCGUGCUGCAGACGCUCCAUGGGAAUGACCCGAUGCACGGCCGACUGAAAGCGGUUGCCCGACAGGAAGCGAAGCGUAUCGCCCACGUUGAUGACUGCAUGGCCUUCUCGUGGAGCCACGAAAUGCCAUCCCGCGGGGUCCUUGGAUAGCACCUGCAGCCCCCACUGAUCGCACAGCAAGAAGGUCAGGGUCCCGAUGUCCGUGUGUUUGUUGUGGCCCACACCAAGGUCGAGCGUCUCCUGCUUGGGGUAGCGGAACAUCGACAGCGUGGUGAGGGACUCGGCAUCUUCACGGUGGAAGUCCUUGAACGAGGCACGCUCGCCGCCCAGCCCGAGCUGGCGGUCAAGCUCUUGCAGGACAACCAUAAAGACCCGAUGGGUCAUGUUACAGAACCGCUGGAACAGCUCCUUGUUUGCGCGAAUCGCAGGGGCCAAGGCGUCGCUGUCGCUGUGCAGCUCGUCGCGCGACGCCUUGAGCGAUUCAUAGUAAUCAGGCAACGACACCACUGCCCCAGUGGAGGUAGCCACUGGCUCAUAUCUGCGGAUGCCCCCAGAGCGGCUUGAGUUAGACAUGGACACCCAUGAAAGAAGGGGAUCGCACGCCAGCUUACCCGUGUGUAUCGCUCUGCCGGUCAUCCUUCAUCUUCUCGGCCAAGUCUUGGUGGAAAUACUCUUCCAUAAAGCGCAAGACGGACCUGUGGUCUUCCAAGAUGGCAGGUUCGCCGCUCAAGUCCAGGUAAAAGAAACCCUGUCCCUCGCAUGCAGCAAGCAGUCUCUUGCCUUCAUCAGUAUCGCCCGACUUCAAUCUCCCCCAGUUUAUCACCGACAGCGGUGCUUCGGGUAAAACAGAGGUCAUAGUGCUGGUGCCAGACAGGCUAUGAUUGCUUGGAAUGGUACUAAAUGCCACAAUUCACAAAUAUGGAGGAAUGGACGCAAACGAUUCUUGCCUGACAAUUCAGCACUGGAGGUAGUUGUGCGCGGCGUGGCCGGCAGGCUAGCACUUUCAAUGGGGCUUCAUAAAAUAAAGACCACGGAUUUUGGUCGCUGACAGGGAACAAAUCAGAAGGAGAAACGGUCACAGCUCGUCGAGGGAAUUGCCUGAUGUCGGACCUUGUUUCGACCUUUCUUUUCCUCUCAGUCCGAACACCAAUCUACGCCUCCGCCUGCCACCCCGUUCCUCGUCUGUUCUGUCGCGGUUUUUUGAAGCAACCAAGAAAGCUCUACUUCUCAUUUUUUGCCAGACCUGAUCAGUGUGUACCUUCUCCUUCUCCUUGGCCCCCUUGGCCCCUUCUCCUGCUAUACAGGGGCGCGAUCCACUGCUUAUUCACGGAUCAAACGGCGACAGCAUCAGUUAGGGCCGUAUGUCUCUUGUCAGAUCAUUGUCGGUUCAGGGGUGACAUGUCUCUACGGCCGCGAAUUAAAAGCCGCACUCAACGAAAUUUGUGUACGAUCCCAUUAUAUAUACGUCAUACGACGAGGCUUGCCCUGCUGCUGUUCAGAGGUUACUCAACGUAGGCCUCCUUGAAACAUGGGGCAAUUUACUGAAACUGACGGGACAAAGUCUGCCCAAGAUGUCCCUACACCCACAUUGCUAUACUUUGGUAAUGAGUUCCCCAGCGAUGACGUGAAUGAGAUAUUCCGCCGCCUGCAGCAGCAUAGCAAGGACCGUCGAUUUAGACUCCUCAAUGCGUAUCUGGAGGACUCGAUCUUGGUCCUGCAGGAUGAGUUUGCCAAGCUCCCACACUCCGUGAGGAGCCAAGUGCCGCAUUUCGACAACAUCGCGACUUUGUCCGAGAUUGGCUAUUUACGUGAGCUGGGCCUCGGUGCGGCCAUGGAAAGUGCCUUUCUGCUAAUAUUGCAGCUUGGUUUAUUUAUUGGACAUCACGAGGCUAUUGACAGCGAGUUCGAUCUUCCGAAAGAUGUCACCACCGUGGCUGGCCUCAGCGUAGGUCUCUUCUCCGCGGCCGCCCUGACCCUUUCCAACUCGCUUGCGGAGGUGGUGAAAAACGGAGCCGAAUGCCUCAGAGUCUCUUUUCGACUCGGCGUCUACGUCGGCGACUUUUCCAGCAAGUUGGAGGCCCCGCAGCCAGAGGGUGCACUUGCCAGCUGGGCUUAUGUUGUUACCGGCUUGAACGAGGAUUCAGUCCAAAACGAGUUGACCCGUGUCAACGAAGAGUUGGGAAAUCCCGAGGUCUCCAAGGUCUUCAUUAGUGCGGCCGACAAGUCCUCUGUGAGUGUCAGUGGACCGCCAUCACGUAUCAAAGCGGCAUUCUUGCAUUCCAGCGACCUGCGAUACUCGAAGUCUCUGGCUUUGCCCGUGUACGAUGGCCUCUGCCAUUCCAGCCAUAUCUACAGCCAGGAUGAUGUCGAUGCGGUCUUGAGCAUCUCGGACUCCCUUAUUCCGGCCACGCGGCCGCUGCGACUGCCUCUUCUUUCGUCACGGACAGGGAAGCCCUUUACAGCCACCACGGCAGGUGAUUUACUUUCAGAGAUCGCCACAGAGUUGAUCACGGGCGCCAUUUAUCUUGAUAACAUAAUCAAGGGUAUUCAAAGCCACAUCGGGGCUUUUCCCGGGGCGAAUAUAUGCCGCAUCGACUCCUUCCGCACUUCAAUCAUUUUCAAAGGCAUUUUGGAUGCCAUUGCCGCAAGCCAUCCCGAGGUAACCAUCAAGAAAAAUGACCUGGUGGAUUGGGUGCACAAGGAUUUUGGUACUCGCCGUCGUAAUGAUCCUGCGAAUUCCAAAUUGGCCAUCGUUGGCAUGUCAUGCCGCAUGCCUGGUGGAGCGAACGACCUUGAAGAGUUCUGGGAGCUGCUGGAACAAGGCCGUGAUGCCUGCAUAACAGUGCCCCCGGAUCGUUUUGACCUGGAGACCCAUUACGACCCGACCGGCAAGACUGAGAAUGCAGCUCAGACCCCCUAUGGCAAUUUCAUCGACCGGCCUGGCUAUUUCGACGCUGCAUUCUUUGCAAUGUCUCCUAAAGAGGCUGAACAAACAGACCCAAUGCAGCGGCUCGCUAUAGUCACUGCAUACGAGGCCAUGGAGAUGGCUGGUCUUGUGAUCGGACGUACACCAUCCACCAUGCGUGACCGAAUCGGCAGCUACUACGGCCAGGCCAGCGACGAUUGGCGAGAGUUGAAUGCGUCGCAGAACAUUGGCACCUACGCCGUGCCCGGCGGUGUGCGGGGUUUCACCGUUGGUCGCAUCAAUUAUUUCUUCAAGCUCUCAGGUCCCUGUCUUUGUAUCGAUACCGCAUGCUCGAGCUCGAUGGCUGCAGUGCAUGCGGCCUGUAUGGCUCUCUGGGCGGGGGAUGUCGAUGUCGCAUUGGCCGGCGGCGUCAACAUUAUCACAGACCCGGAUAACUACGCUGGUCUGGGGAAUGCCCACUUCCUCUCUCCCACGGGUCAAUGCAAGGUCUGGGAUAAAGGAGCGGAUGGAUAUUGCCGCGCGGAGGGAAUCGGCUCGGUGGUCAUCAAACGCCUGGAGGACGCCGAGGCCGACAAUGACAACAUCCUGGCAGUCGUGCUCUCGGCCGCGACGAACCAUUGCGCAGAUGCCAUUUCCAUCACGCACCCUCACGCGGGCCACCAGAAAGAUAAUUGCCGCCGUGUUCUGCGCAAAGCGGGUGUCAGUCCACUGGAAGUGAGCUAUGUUGAGAUGCACGGCACCGGCACCCAGGCCGGUGAUGCUAUAGAGUCAGAGUCCGUCUUGGACGUAUUUGCACCUGUAAAGCCGCGCCGCCGCCCAGAUCAACGGCUAUAUCUCGGUGCCGUGAAGAGUAACAUAGGUCAUGGUGAGGCAGCUGCAGGUAUCUCCUCGCUGAUCAAAAUGCUUCUCAUGUUCCAGAAGAAUGCCAUUCCCCCGCACAUCGGCAUCAGGACGGAGGUCAACCCGACGCUCCCUAAGGAUGUGGAGCGGCGCAACGCUGGGCUGGUAUUCCAGACUACGCCAUGGACUCGACCCGAAGGCAAAAAGCGCACUGCCGUGGUCAACUCCUUUGGUGCCCAUGGCGGAAACACUACGCUGUUGCUUGAAGACGGCCCGGUGCGUCAGAGGAGACGCGUCAGCCCUGAGAGUGCAGACGGACGUAACGCCUACGCAAUCGCCCUCUCCGCCAAGAGCAAGAGGUCGCUGCAGGGAAAUCUCAACAACCUUCUUGCCUACCUUGAGCAAAAUCCAGACAUCGAUCUGGCGGAUCUGUCGUACACGACUUGCGCUCGGCGAACGCACCACAACCUGCGAGUCGCUACUGUAGUGUCCAGUGUUUCUGGACUGCAGAAGUUCCUACGAUCAUCUAUUGACAAUGAUGUCGCGACCACGGUGCAAUCGGUCCCAUCCACCUUACCUUCCGUGGUGUUUACCUUCACCGGCCAGGGCGCCUCCGACCGAGUGCUUUGCCAAGGGCUAUUCGACGAGUUCCCGGCGUUCCGUACCCAUGUCUUGCAGCUAGACCAGCUCGUCCAACGUCUGGGCUUCCCAUCCGUCGUGCCUGCUCUCACAGGCAGCACUGACGACGAGACUUUGUCUCCAGUGGUGAGCCAGCUCAGCAUCUUGGUCUUGGAAAUUUCUCUCGGCCGUUUCUGGCGAACUCUCGGAAUACGACCCAGCGCCGUAAUCGGCCACAGCCUCGGCGAGUAUGCAGCUCUCGAAGUCGCCGGGGUGCUCUCCGCUGCGGACGUACUCUACCUCAUCGGCCGCCGUGCGCAGAUCACCGAACAGCGUUGCACGCCCUACAGCCACGCCAUGCUGUCAGUGCUGGCUUCACCCGAUGACAUUGAGCGACUUCUUCGGCGAGUGCCUGAGACUUCCAACGUGGAGUACGAAGUAAGCUGCCAGAACACUCACGAGGACACCGUUCUCGGAGGUACGAAGGCCGACAUCGAGUCUAUCCGCAAGGUGCUCGAAUGCAACAGCUAUAAAUGCGUUCCGCUGGCGAUCCCGUUCGCUUACCACACGUCUCAGAUGGACACGGUGGUAGAAGAAUUGGAAAAGAUUGCUGAGAACAUACCAUUCAAAGCCCCCAGCAUCCCCAUCCUGUCCACCAUGCUCGGUACUGUUGUUUUCGACGGCAAGACCAUCAACCCGACGUAUCUACGCCGCCAAACCCGGGGCACGGUCAAGUUUGCCGCUGCAGUUGAGGCUGCACGGGAUAUGGGCCUUGUUGACAAUAAGACGGUCUGGAUUGACUUGGGCCCGCACCCGGUCUGCAUCAGCUUUGUCCGCAAAAUGUCUCCGGAGUCGAGGAUUGCGGCUUCAUGUCGUCGAAAUGAAGAAAACCUCUCUACCCUGACCAAAAGUCUCGUGACGCUGCACCUGACAGGCAUCACUCCGUCUUGGAACGAAUUUUUCCGACCCAACGAGCAGGCAUACGCAUUGAUCAAUCUGCCCAAAUACAGCUGGAACGAGACUAACUACUGGAUUCCAUACCUCGGAACUUGGACGCUUGACAAGGCACUCCUUAAGUACGGUGCCACACCCGCAGGGGCCAAAACAUCUGCAACACUCCCUGCGACAGGACUGCGAACCUCAACGAUCCACCAGACGACGCUCGAGAAUAUCGAGUCCACGAGUGCCACACUGCACUUGUUGUCCGAUAUGCAGGCGCCCGAGUUCCGUGCCGCCAUUCACGGACAUACCAUGAACAACUGCGGCGUAGCCACCUCGUCUAUUUGGACGGACAUGGCGUUGGCAGUGGGUGAAUAUCUGUAUCGCAAGCUGGUGCCCCAGGCAAAGGAGGUGCACAUGAAUGUGUGUGACUUGGAGGUUCUGCACGCCCAGGUCAGCAGCACGGUCAAGGGGUGCUCCCAGCCACUUGCACUCGAAGCGAAACUGGACCUGGAUACGCAGUACAUGUCGCUGGAAUGGUACAACGUCAGUGCUGACACGGGAGAGCGAGCCCCCGAAUGGUUUGCCUCGGCUGGGGUCCAGUUUGAGAAUCCAGAUGCCUGGACCGCCGAGUGGAAUCGCACGGCGCAUCUAGUCCUGGGGCGAAUUGAGACUUUGCAGCGCCUGGCUGCCGACGGUGUUGCCAAUCGCAUCUCUAAGCGCCUGGCAUACACCCUGUUCAAGAAUGUGGUCGAUUACUCUGACUGGUAUCGCGGCAUAGACAACGUUAUCAUGCAUGAGUACGAGGCUGUUGCCAAUGUCACACUCAAUCCAGAUCGUCAUGGCACCUGGCACACACCACCUCACUGGAUUGAUAGCGUCUGCCACCUGGCGGGUCUGAUUAUGAACGGCAGCGAUGCCUCCAACACACAAGACUUCUUUUAUGUCACACCGGGCAGUGAUAGCUUCCGCCUGCUGAAGCCUCUCGAGGCAGGAGCUAAGUACGUCAGCUACGUCCGGAUGUUCCCUCUGCCAGUGGAGGCCGGCAACAUGCACGCGGGUGACGUCUACAUUAUACGGGACGAUGUUAUUGUCGGUGUGUUGUGCCAGAUUCGCUUCCGGCGUGUGCCGCGGCUGUUGAUGAGUCGUUUCUUCUCGCCUCCCAAUUCUGACAAUGCCGUCGCCAAUCACGCGCCCGCGGCUCAAGGAACUCAAGUCCACAGUGCCCCCGCAGCCACCAAACAGUCACGGCGGCAGACUCAUGUGCCGGUUCCGUCCAGCCAAAUUCCGAAAAAGAAGCCUGCUGCAGAACCCAGCCAUUCACAGGUUCAUGCAACGCCCACGCCAGUAGGUCAUGAUCAGAGUACUAGUGCCGGUCGUGUAAGCGAUAGUGAUGGCACUGUCUCUAUGAGCAGUGAUGCUUCGACCGCCGAUACUACCGCCACGCCUCCCGAGUCGGCGGAGAGCACCGACUCCAAGCUGGUUGAACAGUGCAUCAAGAUCAUUUCGCGAGAGACCAACCUAGACACGAGUGAUCUGACAGCUGACGCCACCUUCGCCCAGCUCGGAAUUGACUCCUUGAUGUCCCUGGUGCUGUCAGAGAAAUUCCGCAAUGAAAUAGGCAUUGAUGUCAAGAGUUCUCUGUUCCUCGAGUGCCCGACAAUUGGAGAGUUGAAGGAAUGGAUUGAUCAGAAUUGUUGAGCAUGCGGCUCCCGAUGUGACUGGAUUGCUUCGGCAUCAUUUUAUAUAUGGUUUUCUCUUCUUUUUCUUUUCUUUUCCUCUGCGUUUUCCUGUUUCUUUUCUUGCUUUUUUAACAUCGUUUUGCAAGUAUUUGCAUGCUACUUUGGCUAAAGCAUUCGAGAAUCUGAAAUUGAGAAAGUCAUCCCCCAUUAUGCGUA